UUAACAUUCCUCUGUGUUGCUUAAGGCUUCUCAAAGUGAGAAAAAGCAGAAGGGAGAGACUCUACAAGAAAGAGUCUGUCUCCAGAAGUUUCGAGACAGACAGACCGACGACUUCUCCCCCUGUUUUCUUCUCCCAGAGGUGGAACAAUUCUUUCACUGCUAGUAGCUGUAUAGCUGAGUAGAUAUCUCGAACCAUGAAGGCGCUUGAAAUUUUCAUUCUGGCAGAAAUUGUGGGCUGCUUUCCUGUUUUUUCUAGGCCUGCUCCAGUCCACUGCACCUGGAAUCCAUACAGUCCUUGGUCAGAAUGUGACGGCUGUAGUAAGACCCAGAUUCGCAGACGAACAAUAGAAGUCUAUGGACAGUUUGGAGGACAUCCAUGUUCUGGGAAGUCAUUCGAAUCCCGUUCAUGUAUUCCUGCAAGAGGGUGCCCAACAGAGGAUGGCUGUGGCGAUCGUUUUAGAUGUUCUUCAGGGCAGUGCAUAAGCAUGUCAUUGGUGUGCAAUGGAGAUCAUGACUGUGAAGAAGACAGUGCGGAUGAAGACCGAUGUGAGUCGCUCAAGGUGGUUUGCGACAUCGAUAAACCACCUCCUAAUGUAGAACUGACAGGAACAGGCUUUGAUGCGCUUACAGGUGAGACCAAAGGAAGAGUCAUCCACACAAAGAGCUUUGGGGGCCAGUGCAGAAAGGUGUUUAGUGGUGACCAGAGAGAAUAUUACCGGCUAAGUGACAGCGUCCUUGCUUACACAUUCCAGGUGAAAAUUGAGAAUGAUUUCAGCACUGAGUUUUACGACAGUAGCUGGUCUUACGUGAAGCACACAGUGAACACUGUAACUUCAAGUCACGGCUAUGAUUUUAACCCCAGCUCACAUUCUAUGGGUAGUUCAAAGAGUAACCACCUCAUGGUGAUUGAAAACAAUGUGGAAGUUGCUCAGUUCAUCAAUAAUCGGCCAGAAUUUCUAACUCUCGCCGAGCCCUUCUGGAAAGAGCUUGCCAACCUUCCUGCAUUCUAUGAGUACAACGCAUACCGAAAAUUAAUUGAACAUUUUGGAACACAUUUCUUUCGCUCUGGAUCUUUAGGAGGACAUUACAAAGCUCUGUUUCAUGUGGGCACAGAUAGUAUGAAGGCAACAGGUAUGAGCAUGAGGGACAUGCAUGAAUGUAGAACAUCCGGCUGGAAUGCCUUCUUUGUAAAGAAGAGUAAAACAGAAUGCACCAAACUGGAUACGCUAUUACAGCAAUCGUCAGGUGGCAGCAGCAACCAGAUUAAAGCAAAUCUGCAUGUCGAGGGAGGAAGUCCAGGGACUGUAGCUGCCCUGAGCUACUUGGACCUCCAGGAUCCGGCUGGAAACGCUCAACGGUACUCUUUAUGGGCUAGAUCCGUAUCCACUUAUCCGAGAGUCAUUAAGCAAAAGAUAACACCAUUGUAUGAGUUGGUAAAGGAAGUACCUUGUGCGUCAGUCAAAAGAUAUUACCUGAAACAAGCCAUUGAAGAGUACAUGUCUGAAAAUGAUCCCUGCAGAUGCCGGCCAUGCCAAAAUGGCGGCCAGCCAGCCAUUGUAGAGACUCAGUGCCUAUGCUUCUGCAAGCCUUAUACUUUUGGAGUAGCUUGCGAACUGGGGACCCUUGUCCAAGACCAGCCAGGAGUCAUCGAUGGAGGCUGGAGCUGCUGGUCUUCUUGGAGUCCUUGUACAGGUGGAAGGAAAUCAAGAAGCAGAAGGUGCAAUAAUCCUUAUCCCAGUGGCGGCGGAAGGUCUUGCAUUGGAGAAGCAACUGAAAACCGUCAGUGCGAAGACGACGAGUUGCAACAUUUUCGUUCAAUAGAACCCCACUGCUUUGAUGUGUCUGCAUUUGGUACAGAAUCCUGCCCAACGCCGCCUCUUUUGGAAAACGGAUAUGUUCAAGAUGCAGAUUCGUCUUAUCCUGUGGGUAAAAGCAUCGUUUACUCGUGCAAUGAUGGGUAUGCCCUUGUAGGAAAUUCUGUUGCUACAUGCAGUGAAGGGUUCAAAUGGAUCAUGGGACAAAUGGAAUGCCAGAAAACGGCUUGCAUAUUACCUGAGCUGGAAGGAGGAUUGAGGAGGGAUCCAGUGAAACGUUUGUAUGAAAUCGGAGAGAAAGUCCAACUAUCAUGCCCAGAGGACAUGCAGCUGGAGGGGGCAGGGCUCCUCUUGUGCCAGCCUAGUCUGAAAUGGUCUCCUGACCCUGACAACAGCCAGUGCAGGAGAAGAGGGCCCCGUGUGGAUACCGAACCAACACAGCCUGAAUGCCAGCCAUGGGAGAAGGUUCAGCAGACAAGCUGUGUGUGCAAGAUCCCCAACGAGUGUGGAUCUUCCUUGGACAUCUGUGCAAGAGAUGCCAGAACCAAGAGAGCCAUUUUGCUCACUGUUUGUAAGCUACAUGCGCUCGAGUGCACGGGCAGACAGUAUGCUUUGGUCAGUAAGGAAAACUGCAGAACACCUGCUGCAGCUGAGAGACCUUGUGGCUCGUGCCACUUGUGGGAGACAUGUGAUGAUUCAACCAACAAAUGCACAUGUAGACAAGACGGAGCCUGCAGCGGCAGUGGAAUAAGCAUCUGCGUGCAAGUGGACGCCAGCUUUGCCCAGCAGACGAUGACCGAGUGCGAGGCCGGCCUCCUCAGAUGCCGGGGGGUCCACUUCACCGUUGUCAGCAUAAGACCUUGUGCUGCACAGAGUUCCUAAAGAGAUGUUUUCUGAUGGCCCUCGGAUGCCCAAGCUGCAUCCGAGGCAGGGAAGGCUCACAGCCUGCUGGGCAGCGAAGAGGGCCAGGAUGGGGUGGGUGGGAAGGUGGGGAUUGUUAAUAAACUGACCAAAUGUCUAUCGCAAUGAAAACAAAGUGAGGAGGGAAGACAGGCCCCUGGACAUGUGAAUCCAGCCCCUCACCCUCAGAAUGCUGUCAGAACAAGGAGCCAGGACACCUGGGGUCUCCAGUGCAGGGGAGGUUUGGCCCCUAUUCCCCAAGGGCAGUGCUUUUAUUUUCACCAUAGGAGCCAAUGGCCAUCAUUCCUUUGUAAACACUAUGAUUGGCAAAGGCAAGGAGGUGAGUAUUACAGCUGCCAGGUAAUCCUGGACACUGAUCACAAAUCCUGCUGUUCUCUGGAUGGCCUAAUACUUAGUUCUGUUUCUUACAGUGCAAUCCUAAGCAGGGUUAAACCUUUCUAAGUCCCUUGAAGUCAGUGGACUUAGAAGGGCGUAACUCUGCUUAGGACUACACUGCCAGUCGUGCUAGAAUAUGACAGAAUGUUGGAAAGUGGCAUGUAGAAGGCAAAGCAGAUCUGGAUUCCUGUUCCUUGUAUAGUUAUACAGUCUUUUCAGCUGGCGCAGCAUUCAUAAUAAGCUUUUAUAGUAGGAAAACCAUCCUCCGGACAACCACCAGAGUCUUGGCUUCCUUGCCUCUGCUCACUAAACUGGGCACAGUUCUAGAAAGAGCCAUCCUUUGGGUGGGUGCCCUGAGCCCCACAUUUUGAGGGACCCUGCCCCUCCCCAAGAAAUCUGCCAAUCACCGAGAGGUUUGGGAUCCAUGACGGCCUGUCGCCCAGGUGAUUUCUGAUCCAGCCAACCAAAGACUCUGCUGCCCAAGUGAUCCAUAGCGGCCUUGGGACUAAAAGCGUGCAACAAUUCAUCGUAAAAGUAGACAUUGCCAUAUGCUUUUAGCCCCAUGCAUUGUUGCUCAUGUGGGCGCAGAAACUGCGUGGGGGCUGCUGGUUGUGGCUUGGAAAGGGAAGACUCAUGGCACUCAAAUGUUUCACAGGCCUGGAGGAGGGAGGUUGGAGGGUCUUAUCCUGGGGCCUCGGCCUCUAUAGGGAUGACCUUGGUUCCAGACACACACAUCAGUCAGAAUUUGCUUGCCACAUAGUGUGGGGACCUAAAAACCAUUUCGCCAGUCUUCGGGCCAGCAUAUAUGUUUUAAAAACUGUUGACCAAAAUUUGUAUUCCCAAUUCUCUGCACAAUCAUGGAUAGGUUUUCUUCAGCUAUAUGGCUAUUUCCAACCUUUUGUCUCUUAGAAUGUGAUCAUAAUAACCACUGUGAAGCCCCUUUCAAGUCACAUUGAUUUUGGUAAAAUAGUACGGAGUCCAGUAGCACCUUUAAGGCUAACCAACUUUAUUGUAGCAUAAGCUUUCAUGAACCACAGUUCUCUUCGUCAGAUGCAUCCGACAAAGAGAGCUGUGGUUCUCAAAAGCUUAUGCUGUAAUAAAGUUGGUUAGUCUUAAAAGUGCUACUAGACUACUAUUUUGCAACUGCAGACUAACACGGCUAACUCCUCUGGAUUUAUUGAUUUUAGUGAUAGAGCUAAAAAUGUGCUUAAAUGCCUCACAUCUAAAUAUAAUGGGACUUUACUUUGGCUGAUGGGUACUGUAACUCAUGAAUUGCUGCCAAAGUGGGAGUAACAGCUUCCAGAAGCUUGCAAAUGAAUGGGCAAUAUUGCUCCUAUAUAGGCCUCUAAAGGGAAAUGGUAGCAGAACAGGACUAGAAAGAGAUACAGUGACCAAAGCCUGCAUAAUUUGUCACCCACCUAGUCAAAUGGAGCUCAGAAGCUAUGUAUGGCCUUCCCUGGAAAAUCUCCUGGGAUUUGCUGCCUGCCUAGAUCUGCAAAACACAAGGACAGAAGUUAUCAGACACCCGCAGGCCGCAGUACAUGGCAAGCCGGCUACAUUUGCCAGGGUGGCCCACAAGUCAUUCAGAUCUGCAAUUCGCUAAACAUGAUGGAAUGUAUUGUGCUAGUGCCCUUUCAGGAAUCAAUCUUGAACUAUUUGAAGAUCAAAGAAGCAUGUACCAUGUAUCAAUAAAUAACUUCCAAAAAC